CUUGCAGUGUUCUCCAAAACCUCAACUCGUCUCAAGAGGAUGGGCUCGAUCCGGAGGCAGGAGUCCUUCGAUGAGGACGACGAUCUGUAUGCCCACCGUGAAGUUGUUCUCGAGGCGCCCACCCUCAGCAGCAAGGAAUUGGCGCGUGCAAGGGAGGAAGCUCUGUACGUGCUGAAAAACAAUUCCCCUGAGGAGGCUUUCAAGAUUUUCACAAAGGGUUUAAAGUACGAAGUUGAACCUCUGAAUAUGGGAGCGGGACAGGAGCAGGCCCAAACCCAGACUCCGAAGCCUCCAACUCCACCGGCAACCGGCAAGGAACAAUUCCAGACCACCGUGCCUCCGCGUAGGAACUGA